UACAGCUCCUCUGGUCACUCUCUGGAUUUGAACCCUUCGUUCCACUGAUCCGAUGUCUGUAAUGAGACCAACUCUGAGGAUCUGAAGGCUGUUCUGGUUCUUCUGCUCCAAACCGUUUAAGAUGUUUGAGAUCUCUGGGCUCCUUCUGUUGUUGCUCCACUCCUCUCCGGCUUCUUCCUCUCCUCUCACAAAGGAUCAGUCGGUGUGUGCCCGGACUUUCUGCGGCGCGGGCCGAGAGUGUGUGUCCACCGACCGGGGAGAGCCAGUGUGUCGCUGUUUACAGCAGUGUGGCGGUGCAGAGAACUGGGUGUGUGGCAGUAACGGGAAAUCCUACCGGAGCCACUGUGAGCUGCACAGAGAGGCCUGCACCGCCCGGAUAAAGAUCCAUGCGGAGCACAGAGGACGCUGCACCGAGAGACCCCCCAAACCAGAGGCCAGCCCCAUGGUGUGUUUGCUGUCCGACCGCGACUGGCUGAGGAAAAGAGUCAUUCAGUGGAUUCAGGCGGAGGGGGAAUCGGGUCAUCUGGGUCCAGGCGUCCUGAAGGCUUAUUUCCAGACGUACGACGACGGGGAUUCUCAGCUGGAUUCAAAAGAGUUCCUGAGGUUCCUGAACCACAACGAGACGGCGCUCAACCUCACUUUCCCCAAUACCCCAGAAACCAACCCACUCCUGAGGUCUUUGUGUGUCGACGCUUUGAUCGAGCUGUCGGACGAAAACGCCGACUGGAAGCUGAGUUUUCCCGAGUUCACCAACUGCCUGACGCCCUCCUACCAGCCACCAGAGAGAAAGUGUGCUCUGGAGGAUGAGGCCUAUGAGGACGGGGCGGAGACUCAGAUGCAGUGCAACAAGUGUGUGUGUGCCUGUGGGAACUGGGUCUGCACGGCCCUGACCUGCAACGGGGAGCGCCAGAUAAGGGAGGAUGGUCCGGAAAGAGGAGAAGAAGAAGAAAUGACAGAAGAGGAGUGGAACAGGAGAGUGGCAGAACUCAACACUUUACAGGCGACCCUCACCACCUGAGGCCACACCCACUGUAGCAACAGCCAAUCAGCAGCUGAGUUUAUUUGAACUCCAGAAAUGUCUCAUCUCUCCAAAUUUAACGUUGAGAAACUCCUGCCGUGCUGAUUCAAACAAGUAUUUUCUUCACAACUUUAGAUUAAGUUAGUAGAUUUUAUCUUUUUUUUUCAUCAAUAAUAAUAACCACAUUUUUCUCUAAAAGGAUUGUGUUUCUUUUCAUUAUUUAUAAACAAACCAACACCAAAUAAGUAAAGUUUAAGUACAGUUUUGGUUAUUUAUUUAUUC